GAGAAGAUGUGGGUGCGAGAUGAAGCUGCCUUCUUUUUUGGCCCCAUCUUCAUCCAUCCAGAGGAGACUGAGCAUGAACCUACUAAGAUGUUCUACAAGAAGGAAGUGUUCCUCAGUAACCUGGAAGAAACCUGCCCUAUGACCUGCAUCGGAGGGAAGUGCACAGUGUCUUCUUUCAAAGAUUUCCUGUCAUGCCGGCCAACUGAAAUGCCGGAGGAGAAUGUGUUGCUGUGUGAGAGCCGCUACAUCGAGAGCGAGAAGCAAAUGAAGAAGUUUAAAGGGCUGAAGCGUUUCUCUCUGUCUGCCAAAGUAGUUGAGGAUGAAAUCUAUUACUUCCGAAAGCUCAUAGUGCCUCAGAAGGAGCCUUCUCCACUGCUGGAUAAGAAGAUCGAGGAGUUGGAGGCCAAGUUUGCAGAUAUGACGGAUGAAGAGCUGGAGGAUUUGGGUGAUGAUGAUGGAGACGGAUCUGAUGCUCACUGCAUGCGGCAGCUUCAGACUCAGCUGACCAGCGACAUGGACAUGCUGCAUUAUGCACCCCCACAGGUCUGGAUCAUGCUCUUACUGAAAGAAAAUCACUUCGUCUUUGUUGAUUUCGACUCGGAAGAGUCUGAUGCUUAUUAUUGUCAAAAUCCGCCAACUUGGGACACGUAA